AUGAGGGACUACUGUCGCAAAAUGCUCGAGUGUUGUGACCGGAUGCAAGUCAUCUUGGACGAACAAGAGGCAAAACGUAGGCAGUGGCAGAUAGAACUCGAAUCCAAACUCGAACGGAUCGCGCGUCGCCGCCGCGAGACCAGCAACUGUCAAGAAUCAACAGCGGUUGCGCCGACGAAUUUCCCAACACCACUAGCCGUCGCUACCACUCCAACAGCUAUCGCAGUGCCAUCACCAGCACCAUUGUUAACCGUUCCUCCUACCGUCGCCGUCCUUGCGCCACCAGGGAGGGAGAAGGAGCUGACCAUCAUUGCUAUGACAGAGACGACAACACUGCUAAACGCAGCCAAUGCGGUGGAGGUGAGCUUCCACACCGCAACCCUCGACAACACCUAG